GCACAACAAAUUCCCACGGUCUGAUUUUUCGCUGGUCUCUUCUGCAUCAUCAUGUCCUUCGCACUUCAGUCCCGCCAGGUCGGCUUUGGUCGCUCUGCCCAUCCCGCGCAGACCCAGUACCAGCAGAGUCAACCGCAGCCCUAUCAGCAGUCGCAGCCCCAGCCUCAGCAGGCCAAUGCCGGCCUCGCGCUGCCGUACCCGUCCAACCCCUACCUCCCCGGACCGUCGGGCCUUGCCCUCCCUGGUCCCGCACCGGUCUAUCCCUCUCAACCUCAACCCACCCAGCAGGCUCAGCCUGCCCAAUCUCAGCAGCAGGCCCAACAGCAACAGUCGCACUCCCCGACUGCCACGCAGACGAACGCCACUGCUGGUCCUUCGUCGCCACCUUCAACCAUCCCCGCUACCCCCGCGCCACUCACGCUUGAGCAGCAACACAUCACUGCCGUUGACGGCAUUGUGCCGACUCUUCAGAACAUUGUCGCGACGGUCAACUUAGACUGCCGACUGGAUCUGAAGACCAUCGCGCUUCACGCCAGGAAUGCGGAGUACAACCCGAAGGUUCGUAGCUCAUGCUUUCUGAUAUGAAGCCGAUGGACUUCCCUCCGUCGUGCUUUAUUUUUACAGCGUUUUGCCGCGGUCAUCAUGCGUAUCCGCGACCCCAAGACGACCGCACUUAUCUUCGCCUCGGGCAAGAUGGUCGUCACGGGCGCCAAGUCCGAGGACGACUCGCGUCUGGCGUCGCGCAAGUAUGCGCGUAUCGUCCAGAAGCUCGGCUUUGACGCCAAGUUCUCUGAGUUCAAGAUUCAGAAUAUCGUCGGCUCGUGUGACGUCAAGUUCCCUAUCCGUUUGGAAGGUCUUGCGUACAGCCACGGACAGUUCAGCUCGUAUGAGCCCGAGCUCUUCCCCGGCUUGAUCUACCGCAUGAUUAAGCCGAAGGUCGUACUGCUGAUCUUCGUGUCUGGCAAGAUCGUGUUGACGGGUGCCAAGGUCCGCGAAGAGAUCUACACCGCGUUUAACACGAUCUACACGGUGCUUGUCGAGUUCCGCAAGCCGUGAUCGUCCCCACCGACUGCGACAUCCGCGUUGCUGUCGAUACGCCCUCCCUCGCCACCCACCCCAUGUCGUCUCAUCUGGUUGUGUUUGUUGCCCAAGGGUGCAAUUGAUCGUCUGGUGGGUUGGCGGAGAGGGUCUGGGGCGUGGUGGUAGAAAAUCAUGGACGGCUUUUGACGCUGAUCGCUGCUGUAUGACCCUCCCACAUUCUCUUCAGCGUGCACACUACUCUACGGUCCUCAUACUCACAUACAUAGCAAAUCCAUUAUUGACUUCCGGUGUAGCAAUUUGUACUUAUACAUCAAUACGAUUAGCAGCAGACUCGUUUCGUUUACGGAAUGCAAAAUAUCAUUAUCC